CAGAAUUCAGAUCAGGGAAGCCACAGCCGAGUAAAUGUCAGGUGAGGUAAUGACGGCACCGGUAAUUGCAGCGAAACACCAUGGAGUUUUACGUCAAUUACUCCUAAGCCGGCUGUUUCCUGACGCCGGUGACGGGGACUCUACCUCUUCCCCAAUUAAAUCCCGCCAUCUCGACUGCCGGGUCCCCUAUCCAACCACGUGUCCUCACCUUAUGUACCCCUCGACGGACGCCGUCAAACCCCAACGCCCCUCUCUCUGAGUCCCUUGACUCCCUCAGGUUUUUCCGUCAACCGAGAAUACGCGACCCAACAAAAAACACCAAAUUAACGUUUUCCGUAAACGCGAGAAGCCGGUCAACCCAAACCCUCUCUCUCUCUUCGCACUAAAAGCAUUCCAACCCCCCCAAAACCUAAAAUUCACAUCGCCGAUAUCUCAUAUCCUACGACCUCCGGCGCACGAUAGCACCCACUACAAAACCCUUACUCUCCUCAAUCCCUCUGAACCAGUGCCAGCUCUCAGAUCGGUGAUAGUCUACGCACAGGCGCAGUUUACUACCGAAUUUUGGAUCUAGACCGGACCGAUCCAGAUCCGCGCACGAUUGCAGUCGUAUCGAUGGAAGAGGACGACGAGAUCCAGUCACCGGCAUCGGGAGGAAGCCGAUCGCCGGCGUCGACGAGGCAGAACGGUCGGAUUACGGUGACGGUGGCGGUGCCGCCGGCGCAAGUUCCAGCGCCGACGCCGACUCAGAACAAAAUCCUAACCCUAGCUCUGCCGUCGUCGGCUCAGCAACAGGGACGGAGCAGCGGGGGAGGAAGGGAAGAUUGCUGGAGCGAAGGGGCGACGGCGGUGCUGAUCGAGGCGUGGGGGGAGAGGUACUUGGAGCUGAGCAGGGGGAAUUUGAAGCAGAAGCACUGGAAGGAGGUGGCGGACGUCGUGAGCAGCAGGGAGAACUACGGUAAGAUUCCAAAGACUGACAUACAGUGUAAGAAUAGGAUUGAUACUGUGAAGAAGAAGUAUAAACUCGAAAAAUCGAAGAUUGGGGCCGGAGGAGGACCCAGCAAGUGGCCUUUUUACGAGAGGCUCGAUCAUUUGAUUGGCCCCUCUGGUGCUAAGGUGGGUCCUGGGUCUGCUGGCGGCGGUGGUAGUGGUGGGUUUUCGGGGCAUAGCAAAAAAAUGCCGGUCGGGCUUCGACAUAGCCAAUUUAUCGGGCGUAGGGCUAAACGGGAGGGAAAGAUUAGACAAAGGGAUUUGGUAGAAUCGGAUUCAGACGAGUCUCGGGAGCCUUCGCCUAUUUCGAUUGAUAAUGAGAUUUUCGAGCAGAAGAGGAGGACUGCCAAUGCCAAUGUCAAUGCCAAUGCGAGCGUGAGGAAAAGGGUAGGGGGUGGAUUAAGACCUUGUGCGGUGGGUAGGGAGAAAGGAGAAGGAGGAGGAGGAGGAGGAGGAGGAGGAGGGUGUGGGAGCUCGGUGAGGGAACUGACUCGAGCGAUAUUGAAGUUUGGGGAGGCUUAUGAGCAUGCGGAGUCAGCGAAGCUGCAGCAGGUGGUGGAGAUGGAGAAGCAGAGGAUGAAGUUUGCCAAGGAGUUGGAGUUGCAGAGGCUGCAGUUUUUCAUGAAGACACAGGUGGAGAUUUCUCAGCUGAAGAGUGGAAGUGGGAGAAAAAGCAGGGUUAACGGGGUUGGGAAUGCUAGUAACCAUCGUAGCAACAACAACAAUAACAGUGAUUGUAGCAGCUAAGGUAAUAAAGAAAACAACCCAUGUUGGCAAAAUUGUGUUAAAAAUGGUAGAUGGGAGCGAAUUAUCUGUUUCUUGUGGUGUUUGUGACAUAGUAGUUGAGUCAGUUUGUGAAAUCAUGAUGUUAGGAGAGAGUAGCGGUUAUCGGUAAAUGGUUGAUUAGGAUUUAGAGUCGGAUUGUUGCCGGAAAUAUUGUCGGAUUAUGAAGUGAGCAUCAAUCUUAGCAAAUGGAGUAAUGAAAGAUUGAAUAUUAUUGCUUGCUGCUUAUCAAGUGUAUGAUCUUCAUGUAUUUUUAAGCUCACUUAUAAUGAAAUGUCGUAACCAUGAAAAUCUGGAAUUGUCAA